AUGGCCACCACCACCUCAUCAAACGCGGCGGAGAACAUCAUCGAGAAUCUUCGCCACUCGCUUGCCAUCCCAGUCCUCCCGCAUCGCUGCGGCUUGUUACAGGAUACCGGCAUUCGUGACCCAAAUGAGCUCUGCACCCUGCUUGCCGACGCCGACAUCCGCAUCGUUGUUCUGACCGUCACCGCGCCAGCUGCUGAUAGCGAUCCCGAGCCUGACGCAGGCUACUGUCUGACGUAUGUCAUUGAUGGCGACAAGAUGGCUGCAAUGGCGGAUGAGCUGUGGCGCUGCCGGCCUGCUGACCACCCUGUGGUUGUUGUCGAUGUCUCGCCGGAGCUCGACGAGCCAACUGUGCUUGCUGUUGACGACCCGGAGAGGCUCGCAGCGCUCGACGCCGUCCUAGCCGUCGCCGCCGACGUUCUUACCGCCACCUCUUCCACUCCCUUGCUGGCCCGUGUCGCCUCUUCGCUCCCCUCGCCGGCGCUCUUGCCGCUCUUCUCCGGCUUGGUCCUCGGCUACCCAGUUGUCCUCGCGCCGCUCGGCUCACUCGCACUCGGCUCCGACCCACGCUCGGCGCAUCGGCUCGGCAACUGCCUUGGUCUUUGCGAUCUCGAUCUUUUUGUGUUUGCUGCCAGCGGGGACUCGGUUAGCGCCGGUACAGGCUCGUCGCGGCGCAGUCGCGGCCGCCGUCGCCGUCGUCUGCCUCCCCCGGCGCUUGCACUUGUCUCAUUCUCGACGCCUGCGUCGCUUGCCGACCACGCUGAUGUGGCGGCGGCGCUGGGCCCAAUCUAUACCGCCGCAGGUAGUCCUAUGCUCACCGAGUCGGGGCUCGAGUUGACUCUUGCCAUCACCCGCAUCUGCUUGCCAACCGUCAUGCUCUGA